CUAAAUCUUCACUGUAGCUGCGUUACAUCCAGGAAGAUUGUAAAUCCCACUCACUGUAUAGUACUUAAACACAAGUCACUUUCCAGUCGCACAUGCUCAGUGAGAAAGUUUACUUUUUGAUUGCCUGUCAGUCACCAGCGGGCUCAGUGACUGUGGAUUACGGUUAUCGUUAUCAAGGAGCAUGGCAGCUAGGAUAUCGUUCUCUCAGUACCGUUUGGAGGCUGAGAUAGAGAGGUGUCGCGGCGAAUGCCAGUGGGACAAGAUACCCGGUCUGGUAGAGCAACUCAUUUCGGCUCGAAUACACGAAGAUGAUGACUAUGGGAACCUGCUCCUGGCUGAAGCCCUGCUUGAGGAAUGUCUGUUGGAAAACACGUCCCAGCUGGAGAGCUCAACUGCCUUAGAGGAGACAAAUCAGCCGAAGCUCAGGAAAGCCAAGGAGCUCCUUAGCUCUAUCCUGAACAGAGGCAAGCUGCAACCCAGGUACUUGACUGAAGCAUUGUUGCUGCUGGCCAAACUGUACUAUGUCCAGGGCUGCUACAGGGAUGCCCAGGGCAUGUGUGACAGGGUGGGCUUUGAGGACAUGGCAAUGGAGGAACAGCCACUCUACCACAUCAGACUGCUGGCAGAAGCUUUUGUCAUCAAAGGACUGUCCCUGGAGCGCCAGGAGGUCUCGGCUGCCUCCCGCGUUCGUCUGUCUGAGAGGGAGGAGGAGAGUCUGUCCUGCUACUUGAAGGCCUGUAGCUCUGAGCUGCUGUACCUGCAGGAACUUGACAAGACUCUGAGCACCUCCCACAGUAAGAGUGUGAAGAACAAUGUGCCCUCAAUGGAGUUUGAACUCAGCUUCUUCCAGCAGGCGGCGCUACAGAGCGCAUACCUGUCUAUGCUCCGGAAGGGCAAUGUGGCCCAGGGCGUCCAGCAGCUGCGGCAGGUCCUGAGAGCAGUGGACACUCGGGGCUCUCAGAGCUUCAGAAAGGCAGCAGCAAGGAAACUGGCAGGGGCACUACUGAGCAUGGUGAGUGAGGACAGCUACUGGAGUCCCCUGACACCCCUGCCCCCUGACUGGCUGGACAGAGAGAGGAUUGUCUCCCUCAGAGACUCCUGCCACUACCCUCUCAGAGCUCCCCACCAGUACAGUGGAGACAGUUUGUUCUGCCCACAGGACACUGUGGAGGAGGCUGUCCUGCUGCUCCUUAUCAGUGAGUCCAUGGCAAACAGAGAUGCAGUAAUCAGCCGAGCCCCAGAGCAGCAGGAGGCUAGGUCUAACAGCUUGCAGGACGCUACUUCUGUGUAUGACCUGCUGAGCAUCGCCAUGGCCAGAAGGGGGCAGUACACCAUGCUCUCAGAGUGCCUAGAACGUGCUAUGAAAUUCUCUUUUAAUGAAUUCCACCUCUGGUACCAGCUGGGUUUGUCUCUCAUGGCUUGUGGAAAGGGUGCCAGUGCUGUGUCUGUGCUGAGGGAAUGUGCCAAGAUGAGGCCCAGUGACCCAGCCAUCCCCUUGCUGGCUGCCAAGGUCUCCAUUGGGCAGCUUCACUGGCUGGAGGAGGGUGAGGCCUUUGCACGACAGGUGCUGGACAUGGGGGAGCAGGCAGCGGAGUUCCUGCCCAGAGCUCACCUGGCUGUGGGCCUGUGCUACAGCCUGCAAGCCACUGAUGCUUCUUUAAAAGGAAGUCAGGAUGAGUUCAACAGGAAAGCCCUGGAAUCCUUAAAGAUAGCCCAUUCCUUGGACCCAGAUGACCCACAGAUUGCCCUGUAUCUCUCGCUGCAGCUUGCAUUGGUCCGGCAGGUGUCAGCAGCCAUGGAGCCCCUCCAGAGAGCCUUAAACCUACGCAAUGAUGACUUGCACUCGCUGCAUCUCCUGUGUCUGCUCUUCAGCGCCCAGAAGCACUACCAGUUUGCUCUAGACACAAUCAACCUGGCUCUCAGCCAGCACCCAGAUAGCUUCAGCUUGCUGUUCACCAAAGUGAAGCUGGAGGAGGUGCUGCUAGGACCAGAGGUGGCGCUGGAGACCUGUCAGCACAUGCUGCGCCUGUGGCAGAACUCUUUCGAAAGCACGUGCAACAGUGAAGCAGAUGAGGGCAGCAGUGUCCCAGAGCUCGUGCCCCCCAGCAGGGCAACUAGCGCGCUUCAUCUCGCCCUGCCAGACUUCCAGGACCCAGAGACUGGGUCCCAGCGCGCGCCGUCCAUCGCCGCCUCCCGCCUGGAGCAGGCCAUGUCGGAGAUGUCCGUCCCCAGCUCCUCACAGAAACAGGGUCCUGCCCAAGUCUGGACCACUCUGGAGCACAUCUGGCUACAGGCUGGGGAGCUGUUCGUGGCGCAGGGCCGGGUGAAGGAAGCGUCGUUCUGCGUGCAGGAGGCCGGGACCCUGUACCCAGCCUCCUACAACGUGCUGCUGCUGCGCGGGAGGCUGGCAGAGCUGCAGGGCAACGCCGGCGAGGCCAAGACGUUGUACGACGAGGCCCUGACCAUCCACCCUCAGGGAGCCCGCAUCCUGCUGCACCUGGAACUCAAAUCGCUUUAGGAGAAGGAUCCACUUCUUCCAUCUCUGAAGAGAGCUCAUCCGGACACCAGGGUUAACAGCCCUACUCUUACAAUGGAUCUUUCAUAAUCAAGAAGUCAGUACCCUGAUUUAAUGUCCAUUCCAAAGGAUGGCACCUCAGAUAGCAUAGUACCCCCUGUCAUCACACAGGGGUAUUGUUUUAUCAGGGAAUUCCAGUUCAAAAGACACUUAAAGCAGUAACCUGUUUUUCUUGGAGGCUUCCUAUCACAGUGCUGACAAAACCCUUGCAGGCUUGUGAUCUGAGAUCUCCCAGGAUCAGGCUAGGUGUAUGUGUUUUAGUUUGAUGUAUAUGUUUGUUCCACCUGGAGUUCCACAUGGAGUAACUGACAUAGAUAUUGGUUCCCUGUGUCUGAAUUCAUGUACCAUGAAUCUUCACUGUUCACCUUAAAAUAAACUGAAAAUAUGACUAUGGUUUAAAAGUACAGUUUAAUUUUUUAAAAAAAUAUUUAAGCUGAGUUAAGUGGCGAAUGUUCAGUUUUUCAACUGAAGCUUGCCAGCAUUUUUUAUUUGUGACUGCAUGUAUUAAAAAAUACCAGUCUCAUUGUACUUUUGUCAUGUGAAAUUAGACCAGAAAGAAAAGAGGGAGAAUCCAGAGAAUAUCUUCAAGGGAGAUACAUGGAAUGGAUCCGAAAAGUGAAUUCAAAGGAACCACAGUAUUAAAGGAACAUGAAAUGAAGUGCUUAUACUGUACUUAAAUGCCAGGAGCAUUAAGAACAAAUCAUUUGCAUUUGUUCUUUGCUGAGGUGGUGAAAGAAUUGGCUCUUGUUACUACUGUAGAUCAUAUCUUCCAGUUACAUCUGCUCUCUGCUGUUCUGCUUCAGAAAUCAAAACUCUUCAGGUAGAUUACCAUCCAGCUGUACACAUCCCUUUUCAAAAGGAAAAAAUAAAAUUUGCUUUACUUUG